GUAGAUUACCUUGUUCUCUUGAAAGAUGAAUGGGCAAAAAACCUAAGCCCAGAUACUGUUAUAGUAAUAGCGGAAGGUGCAGGUCAGGAGCUAAUUCUUCCUAGUGACAAAUCUAAUAAGAAUAGGCCAGAUGCUGCUUCAGAUGACUUGUUUCAUGAUGUUGGUCUUUGGUUAUCUCUGAAAAUUAAGGAUCACUUUGCAAGAAGUAAAAAAAUGGCUAUAAAUUUGAAGUACAUUGAUCCUACUUACAUGAUUCGUGCUAUUCCAAGUAAUGCGUCUGAUAAUGUGUUUUGCACCUUACUUGCUCAAAGUGCCGUUCAUGGCGCAAUGGCUGGAUACACAGGCUUCACAGUUGGCCCAGUUAAUGGCCGAAACUGUUACAUUCCAUUUCAUCUUAUAAAUGAGGGGCAGAAGAGGGUUAUGAUAACAGACAGGAUGUGGGCAAGGUUACUGUCCUCCACCCAUCAGCCCAGUUUUGUGAAUCCUCUACAUAUCACAGAAGAAGCAAAAGCAUAAUGAACAGAACACAUCAGAAGUAGAAGAAAGUGUGUUAAGUCACAGUUAUAAAUUAUAAUAAUGCCUUUAAAAUUGGCGAGUUACUUCAGCAAAUUUAAUGCUUGUAACAACAAAUUACAUAAUUGACACAAGACAAACAAAACUAUAGUAUAUCUAUAUUUACAAACUUCUGAAAGUGUCAAAUUGUACAUCUUACAAAACAAAGAGAUCUGCACAAUUUUAGCAGCUUGUUUUAAUUGUAUUUAUCUACUGAAUACUACAUUAAUAAACUCCUUCAGAUUCUUGCA